GGGCAAUCCUACUGCGCAUGCCUGGCCCACUCACAUACCACGCCUCCUUUUGUACAUGGUGGACACGUUGAUAGAAGGCCACCACAGUAAAAGAGCAGAGGAGGGGAGACACGUAUUGUAGGAUAGCAAGAUGGUAAGAUACUCUAGGGAACCAGAAAAUUCCACAAAGUCAUGUAAGUCUAGAGGGUUUGAUCUCAGAGUACAUUUUAAGAAUACUCGUGAGACGGCUCAGGCUAUCAAGAACAUGAAUAUAAGGAAAGCAAUCCGUUACUUGAAGGAUGUCAUUAAUCAGAAGCAGAUUGUACCUUUCAGACGAUUCAAUGGUGGGGUGGGGCGCAAAGCGCAGUGUAAGGCCCACAAAUGGUCUCAGGGACGCUGGCCAAGGAAGAGUGCUGACAUUCUUCUCCAGCUGUUGAAGAAUGCCGAGAGCAAUGCUGAAGUGAAGAUGCUCAAUACUGACUCACUGGUGGUUGAACACAUAUCAGUACAGAGAGCAGCUAAGAUGAGGAGACGUACUUAUCGUGCUCAUGGACGCAUCAACCCUUACAUGAGUUCUCCUUGUCAUAUUGAGAUGAUUCUUACCGAGAAGGAUCAGCCUGUACCCAAGCCAGAGGAAGAGGAAACGAAAAAGAAGAAGGUCUCGCAAAAGAAAUUAAAAAGGCAAAAGCUGAAAGCUGCAAUGACUGGGUCUGACUAGAUAGAUCUAUCAUAUUAAAUUAUGAUAAUUUUGUUUUAUGUCAAAGAAGAAAUUAAGCAAUGAGACAUCUUGUUCUAGUAUACUAUGCUUACUUUCUAGUAAUUUGUCCGUAUACUCAA